UUCUCCUCUUCGCUCUCGUGAGGACAAGAUGGGUCACCAGCAGCUCUGCUGGAGUCACCCGCGCAAAUUCGGCCAGGGCUCUCGCUCAUGCCGAGUAUGCUCGAACCGGCACGGCCUGAUCUGGAAAUACGGCCUGAACAUGUGCCGCCAGUGUUUCCGCCAGUAUGCCAAGGAUAUCGGCUUCAUCAAGUUGGAUUGAGUCAUGUUCCUUGAGUGGAUGCUGCGAGACAUCGGCGCUUUGGAAAAUCAUGCCGGCUCUUUGUACAUAAAAUAAAGAACUUC